CAGAGAAACAGAGUCACCAGAGAUGUGAAUUCUUUUUAUUUUUAGUGUUUUAGAAGGCUUUUGGGUUAGCCAUGUCUCCAGAGCUGACUAGCUGACCCGGGCACCGUGGGCUUUGCCGCCGACCGGGGAAACACCCACUUUCUUACCCUUUUUCUUUUUAAAAAACUUCACAAAACCCUUCCUUCCCCCAUUUUUUUCUCUCGUUCUUACCUUUUUGCCUCGGUUUUUGUCAAGAUUCCAUCCACCCCACAUCCAUAUAUCCACAAAUGCUCUGUUUUUCUUUACAAAUUUGGUCAUUUUUAGAGUCUUGAUCGCUAAAUCUCUCUCUCUCUCUCUCGUGGGGUUUUUGCAAGGUUGUGCAUUGGAGUGUUGCUGUUUGUUGACGUUUUGAGUUCAUUUUGGUGUCAUUUUCGUUGUGGGGUUCUGAGAAAAAGGGGUUUUUUUUGUGGUUUUGAUUGAGAAAACUUGAAGUUCUUUCAUUGAUUGCUUGAUUGUGAAGAUGAAGUUCAUGAAACUUGGAUCAAAACCUGAUUCGUUUCAGACUGAUGGGACCAAUGUUAGGUAUGUUGUAAGUGAAUUAGCCACCGACAUCACUGUUAUCGUUGGGGACAUCAAGUUUUACCUCCAUAAGUUUCCCCUUCUGUCAAAGAGUGCUCACUUGCAGAAGUUGGUCACAGAUCACAAUGAUGAAAUUUACAUUCCAGACAUCCCAGGUGGUUCCGUGGCAUUUGAGAUAUGUGCCAAGUUCUGCUAUGGCAUGACCGUAACGCUUAAUGCCUAUAACGUAGUCGCAGCUCGUUGUGCUGCUGAAUACCUAGGAAUGCACGAGACAAUGGAGAAGGGAAACCUCGCGUACAAGAUCGAUGUUUUCCUUAGUUCGAGCAUCUUUCGGAGCUGGAAGGAUUCGAUCAUUGUUCUUCAGACUACAAAGGCAUUAAUGUCAUUGUCUGAGGAACUGAAACUAGUAAGCAAUUGCAUAGAAGCUAUUGCUGUAAAGGCCUCUUCUGAUGUUGCUAAAGUUGAUUGGUCUUACACGUACAACCGUAAGAAACUACCGGAGGAAAACGGGAACGAUCCUAACUGGAACGGUAUCAGGAAUCGCAGUGUGCCGAAAGACUGGUGGGUUGAGGAUCUGUGUGAGCUUGAAAUUGAUCUAUAUAAACGUGUUAUAGCGAGUAUAAAGAACAAAGGAAUAGUUCCUAAUAAUGUGAUUGGCGAAGCGUUGAAAGCUUAUGCUUACCGAUAUCUUCCGGGUUUUAGCAAAGGCGUGCUUCAAUGUGGGGAUCUGCCGAAGUACCAAUCGGCAGUGGCCACGAUUGUCUGGCUGUUACCUGCCGAGAAAGGCAGUGUCUCAAGUAGUUUUCUGUCCAAAUUGCUGAAGGCUUGCAUUGUCAUAGCUUCUGGAGACGAGACCAAAGAAGAGCUCAUUCGACGAAUCGGGCAGCAGCUAGAGGAGGCUUCAGUGAACGAUCUUUUGUUACGAGCACCGGAAGGUGAAGUUAUGUAUGAUGUUAAUACCGUGCAGAAAAUCGUGGAAGUGUUUCUUUUGCAAGAUCAUAAUAGUGAAAUCGAGUCGGUUGAAGAGGGAAGUGAGCUUCAAGAGCCAAGAGGGCCAGGGAUUUUAUCAGAUGCUACUAAGUUGAUGGUGGCAAAAUUGAUCGAUGGUUACCUUGUUGAAAUUGCUAAGGAUCCUAAUCUACCAUCAGUGAAGUUCAUUAAUCUUGCAGAAAUGGUGUCUGGCAUCGCUCGGCCUUCACACGACGGGCUUUAUCGAGGUAUCGACAUGUUUCUGAAGGAACAUCCGGGGAUCAGCAAGAGUGAUAGAAAAAGAAUCUGCAAAUUGAUAGACUGUAAGAAACUAUCUGCAGAGGCGUGCAUUCACGCCGUACAAAACGAACGACUCCCUUUACGCAUGGUUGUGCAGGUACUAUUUUUCGAGCAAGUCAGGGCAUCGACAUCAUCGGGCAGCAGCACACCCGAGCUACCUAAAGGCGUCAAGGAUCUAACAAGUGGGUCUCACGGAAGUUCGAGAUCAGGUACAACCCCAGAGGAAGAGUGGGAUGCUGUUACCAUGGCUGAGGAGCUGAAGGCCCUCAAAGGAGAGCUAGCUUCCUUGAGGCUAGCUACUGGUGGAGGAGGAGGAGGAGGAGGCAGUGAGAAAGCAGCUCUUAGUAAAAUGAAAGGCUUGCUCAAGUCAAAGAAGCUUUUCACAAAGCUAUGGUCAAGCAAAGGAGGAUAUGGCGAGAACAGCGGCUCGGAUUCAUCGGAGAGCCUCGGUUCUGGUAAUCAAGAGGAAGGUAAGUCGACACCGUCGAGGAACAGAAGGCAUUCCGUUUCUUAGCAGUGGGCUUUUAGUGGUUCAGAUGAGAAGAGUUUUGGGUGACCAUUAAUGGCUAAAAUGAGGAAAGAAUGAAAGUAUAUAUAGGCUAAGAGCGUGUAGAGUAUAGCAAUUAAGGGCAACAGUAUUAGUAUGUAUGGGGAGGUUAUGAAGUCUAACAGAGAUUUGAUGAAAGAAGGAUGAGAAUGAUUCUGUAAUAUUGUUCAGGUGAAUGGAAUAAGGCAUUGUGUUUGCUUUUGAGAGCACUUUGAGUUGGUGUAUUGGCCUCUUUGUCUCCUAAAGAAGGUGUCUUAGGUUAGGUUUAUUGGGUGCAAAGAAUUGAUUCAUCUUAAAAUAAAAGGCUUGAGAGGGGGAAUCACAAAAAUAUGCAUUCAGAUGCCAAGUGUUUGUUCAUGCUAUUCAACUUCAACCCCCUGCAUUAACAUUUGAGACCAUAUUUCAAAUAAAAUGAUAAUGCGAAUGCCUUUUGUUCA